AUGGAAGACGCGAUACCCCUCCCCGUCGGCUACGAUACUGUCUGCGGGAAAAUCUCCUUGACUGCUGGGUACGAGAAGCACAAGGCAAUCUUCCCUCCCAAGGUAGAGGCUGUUCGUGUUCUUGGGAACAUGCAUGAUCCAGUCAAGGGCGCUCACCCGCGCAAUGUCGGACGCUCCUCCAUGCUCGCCGGGAUCCCCUACUACGUAUUCGGUCAGGUAGCCAAUGUUUCAACCGAUGGUUACGCCUUUGGGACCGUUUCCAAUGCAGUGGCCAGGGCACUUGAGCCGUUGACCGACCCUCUUCCCACCACGUACGUGUCCGUCGAGCGGAACGGCUUCAUUCACCCGUUUCUCGGGUUGACUGAAAACGAGGUGAAAUAUCAGCAUGACACUGGCAUGCACAUUAUCAUUUCGAUCCAAGGAGGUAUCUGUGAGGGGGAGCUGGGGAGUGGAAAGGGAUGCGUCUGGUUUCAGAAGUUGAUCCGCGAGAAGAAGGACGGGGUUACCGUUCGUAACUAUUACCAGGGAACCGGCGUGGCGCCUGUGAAGGUCGAUGGCGUGACCGGCGAGCUGCUCAACAAACGCGUCUUUGGCGAGGAUGUCCUUUUCGAAAAACAUGAACCCGCAUUUGGUACUUUCUGUUCCGCCGUUGAUAACCAGUGGUACUACCUAUGGGGCAGGUACUGCGAGGACAUCUAUCUCGCUAGAGUUUCGCUUCUCCACCCUUUCGAAAGGGAUUACUACCAGUUCUGGAACGGGUAUUCAUUCACUGGGAAUAUCAAGAUGAUAGCCCCAGUGCUGACGGGAUAUUCCCACGGGACAAUCUAUAAGACCCAGCUCUUUGGCCACACCUAUAAGUGGGCAUUCAUCGGCAGCACUGACUGGGAGGAUUCCGCUGUGAUGAUGGGCGCUGCCAACGAUCCACAGGGGCCCUUUGAAAUCACCCAAGUCGCCAGUGGAGAAAAGCUGCGAGAGACCGGAACGUUUGCUGGUUGUGUUUACGCUCAUCCAUGGGCUUACGACGAGUCCCUUGGCGAGAUUUUUGUGAGCUGGCGUGAGCAAUGGCCUGGCGGGAUCAUUGGGGCAAAAGUCCAAUUGCAAAUGCGGAGCCUUCUGGAAAGAUAUCUCCCUCGACAGCCUCCAGAGUAA